GCGAAUGAACUAGCCACGACUUUCCUACAGCGCUAGUUUAGGUCUGUGAGUAGCGAUCUACAGCAAUCAUCUUGACUCUUUUCUUCUCUUACUGUUGAAAUCUUUCCUAUCCUAAUCCGGAAUCCUUAGUUCAGCGAAUGAUUUUGGUUGCCAUUUCGGGAAGCUACCCUUGUGCAAUCAUCAAUAAUGAUUGAUCACAAUGCAUGUCUUUGUUCAACCAUCGAGUUGUGGCAGCCUCAAAUUAUAAAAAGGAGCUAUUUGCCCGUCUUAGAUCGUCCGUGUUCCAGCUUUAAUAUCCACAAGAUGACGAGUUGUUGUUUGAAAACAAGCUGCUUGGAUCGUAAUCAACCAGAUCACAAUACAAAAGUUCAUCUAGAGACCCAAUUCUUUAGUCAUGAUACCUCAAGGAAGCAAAAACUCGAGGCGGAAACCUGAUUCGACAGACAAGUUGACUGAUGGCCUCUUCAGUGGGGUACUAGCUAUCUUUAUCGAAACUGGAGUUAGCAGGAAGCGACUGCAGGUUUGGCAGAGAAGGUUUGAAGAUCUCGGAGGUACUAUUCUCACGGCGGCAGCCAAUCUUCUUGGCAGAGUUGACCAGAUAAUAAUAUUGGCUGCUCAUGAAGCAGCUUUGUCAAAGGGCAUCAAUUUUGACAGGCUCGGCUCCUGUCCAAACCUGAAUUUUGUGCAAUUUAGGUGGGUGGAAGAGUGUCUGAAAGAUGGAACACUUCUCUCGUACGAGCCUUUCCUUCUCUCAGCUUCACAAGACGAGCACAUUCUCUCCACCGAUGACUCAAGACUAGACGCUCAAUCAGGGCCACAGUCGGACCAGUUGUACGUAACUCCUGCACUGGCCAUAGUUCCUGACGGAGAUCUGAGAGCCUGUUCUGAGGUGGUAAAUGAGAAGAGAUAUGAUGAAGUUUCUGAGGAAUGUACAAUUGAUACAAAGUUUAAGGCAAUCUGCGAGGAUGACAUGCCAGAUUACAACAAGCACAUUUCCAGGCCUUUAUUGGAACUGUCCGAAAUUUAUUCGGAUGUUUUGGCAGAUGAAUGGCGAUCCCUCACGUAUCGCAAGGUGGCGAACAAACUUGAUAGGCUUCCGUACCAAAUAUUAAGCGCAGACGAAGUUAAAAACAUACAGGGUAUUGGGAAGUCCAUGGUGGAUAAAAUCAAGGAGAUUUUGUGCACUGGCCAGCUUCAAAAACUUUUCAACCUCAAAGCAAGUAGCCAAGUACAGAUCAUGCAACAAUUUGCAUCCGUUUGGGGCAUAGGCCCCAAACAUGCUCUUAAACUUUACCAAGCCGGUCAUAGAAGUUUGCAAGAUAUCUCUGAAGAUCAGACCUUAUCACCCAUGGCUCGAGUUGGGUUGAAGUACCACUAUGACAUUGCUUUAAGAAUUCCACAGUCUGAAGUCAGUGAGGCAGGGUCAUUUGUGCGUCAUGUGCUUGAAGAUCUGUGCCCUGGUGCAUCGAUUAUCGUGGGAGGUUCGUAUAGGCGCGGUAACGCAACGUGUGGAGAUAUUGAUCUCCUCAUCACCCACCCAGAUGGUCACAGCCAUAAAGGUCUAUUGGGACGACUCGUAACAAAACUCGAAGAAGCUCAGUUCUUAAUCACAUGCCCGAAUCCAUUUACUGAGAACAUCACACAUAAAGUGAAUACUUAUAUGGGCAUUUGCAAACUUCCUCAGUAUACUCAUCAUCGUCGAAUCGACAUCAAGAUAUAUCCUAAACAGGCGUAUGCAUUCGCGCUUGUUUAUUUCACAGGGAAUGAUGUUCUCAACCGCAGGAUCAGGUACUUGGCCAAGAAGAAAGGCUACAAGCUUAGUGAUCAAGGAUUGUUUCUACGUGUUGGAGACAACAAAACUGGCAUGGCGAGUGAAGUUUCUAUUCCAUGUGAGACAGAGGAGGAAGUGUUUCAAAAACUUGGUCUUCCCUAUCCGGAACCGCACGAACGUAAUUGAUGUUUUGUAGGCACUUUACUUUCAAGUCCAGGUCUGGAGAUUGACCUACAAGACUGUGACAUAGGCAUGUUUUUGUAUCUGGAUAUUACAUAAAACUUUAUGUUUUGAAGGGCAUGUGGACCCUUCGAACCUGUCUCGGGAUUCUCGCACGAGUUGGUCAGGCUUUAGUACAAGAGGUCGGCAAGAGGUCUACUUGUAGUUUGAUAGUUCUUCAUACUAGCCCCGCCCUAGCCUGCGAGGUAAACUAGUAUACAACAUGCAUUUUUGUUUUUUUACCGACAUGACCCUGUGGAGUUUACAACAGAAAACAACCGUCUUGUCAGUCACAACAACAAAGAUUUCUAUACACGUGUUAUUUUUCCGC